AUGGCUCAUCGUCAACGUAUCUCUUCAACCCCAUCAGAAUCAGACUCUUUUCCAGCGUUGUCGCUUAGAACUCCCCCAACUCCUUCAACUGCUUCCAGUACCGAGCCCUUGCAAAAACAGGAUAAUGAGGAGCCGAACCACCCAGACCACACUCAAGAUCAGGCAGAGAUGCGCCUCAGUGGAGUGCAACAAAUCAUCACUGCCAUUCGCGCGACUGAUCUCACUCUUGGCCUCCGACGGAUCCCCGCUGGCUUCCAUGCAGUGAUCAAGGCCGACGACGUUGAAUACCAGACAAGCAAUUUAUCUGUAAAUCUAGACCAGGCUGUCGUCGAAUGGCACGAGCGCAUUCCUCUGCCAUGCGAGCCACGCUCUAAAGUCCGGAUCAGCGUAUAUGUCCUCAUUCGAAUUGGGUCCCAUGCUCUGUCACGGAGAGCUCCUUCGCACGUUCGAGAUCUCAGUCGGAGAACUACUGGAUCGCAGCGAAAAAUCGCAUCGUCACCAAAGCAGCAGGAAGUCGUAUCCCCUUGUACUUCACUUUUCUUGACAGUGGAGCAGCAGCUUUCUGAUCAAAACGAUGCCGCACAUCUUUGCCCCCCUACUAUUCCUACGUCCCCCGAUAUGGAUGCAUUAGCGAUGAGGACGGAUGCCGGACAUCGUCUUCUCGCACGAUACCGCAGGACGCAGAACACGUUAUUCAAUCUCGCCACCGCAAAGUUUGUUAGUUGCCAAGCUGAGGGAAGAUACCUCGACCUCGAUGACCCUGUCUCCCUGUUUCAAGACGCCCUCGACUUGCGUCCCACCGGUCAUCCGGACCGAGCGGUCACGCAGCUGCAUCUUGCCAUUGCUUUGCUCUCGCGCUUCGCGAAACGGGAAUUUCAAACGGAUGUUGAUGCAGCCAAAGAGUUACUCAGCGAAGUCAUCAAUGUCUGCCACGCCAACAGCCACAUUUACAGAGCGGCUACGAUUGCCAUGGAAACAUGCGCUCUGCGUUCUGCUAGAGGCAUUAAUGCAAAUGAUCUCGGGCAGGAGUGGCACGCCCCAUCCAUGCUUCCGUUAUCGCCAAAUCAACUUGCUCAUCAAGCACAGCGGUGUUUGGAGAGAGAUGAACCUAGCGCCUUAGAUGAAGUGAUAUCCCUUCAUUAUGAUGCACUGGGAUACUACAACGCCUGGCAUGCUUGCCGAGGGCAAUUGCUAGGCAAUCUAGCUGUAAUGCUAGGAACUCGCUUCGAGCGUCGAGGCAGCGACAAAGACUUGGAUGAUGCUAUCGCGCUUUGCAGGGAAGCGCUGGCUUUGCGCCCGUCAUUAAACAACCUCGCGAAUCGACUCUCCUCCCGCUUUGACCACCGAGGCAACGGCAAAGACUUGGAUGAUGCUAUCGCACUUUGCAGGGAAGCGCUGGAUUUGCUCCCGGUCGGUCACACAGAUCGGUCUGGGUCAUUAAACAACCUCGGGAGUAUACUCUCCUCCCGCUUUGACCACCGAGGCAACGGCGAAGACUUGGAUGAUACUAUCGCCCUUUGCAGGGAAGCGCUGGCUUUGCUCCCGGUCGGUCACACAGAUCGAUCCAAGUCAUUAAACAACCUCGCGAAUCGACUCUCCUCCCGCUUUGACCACCAAGGCAACGGCGAAGACUUGGAUGAUGCUAUCGCACUUCACAGGGAAGCGCUGGCUUUGCGACCGGCAACUGGCGAAGACUUGGAUGAUGCUAUCGCACUUUGCAGGGAAGCGCUGGCUUUGCUCCCAGUCGGUCACACAGAUCGGUCUGGGUCAUUAAACAACCUCGCGAAUCGACUCUCCUCCCGCUUUGACCACCGAGGCAACGGCGAAGACUUGGAUGAUGCUAUCGCACUUCACAGGGAAGCGCUGGCUUUGCUCCCGGUCGGUCACACAGAUCGGUCUGGGUCAUUAAACAACCUCGCGAAUCGACUCUCCUCCCGCUUUGACCACCGAGGCAACGGCGAAGACUUGGAUGAUGCUAUCGCACUUGACAGGGAAGCGCUGGCUUUGCUCCCGGUCGGUCACACAGAUCGGUCCAAGUCAUUAAACAACCUCGCGAAUCGACUCUCCUCCCGCUUUGACCACCAAGGCAACGGCGAAGACUUGGAUGAUGCUAUCGCACUUGACAGGGAAGCGCUGGCUUUGCUCCCGGUCGGUCACACAGAUCGGUCCAAGUCAUUAAACAACCUCGCGAAUCUACUCUCCUCCCGCUUUGACCACCGAGGCGACGGCGAAGACUUGGAUGGUGCUAUCGCACUUUGCAGGGAAGCGCUGGCUUUGCGACCGGUCGGUCACACAGAUCGGUCUGCGUCAUUAAACAACCUCGCGACUCACCUCUCCUCCCGCUUUGACCACCGAGGCAACGGCGAAGACUUGGAUGAUGCUAUCGCCCUUUGCAGGGAAGCGCUGGCUUUGCUCCCGGUCGGUCACACAGAUCGGUCUGGGUCAUUAAACAACCUCGCGAAUCGACUCUCCUCCCGCUUUGACCACCGAGGCAACGGCGAAGACUUGGAUGAUGCUAUCGCACUUGACAGGGAAGCGCUGGCUUUGCGACCGGUCGGUCACACAGAUCGGUCUGGGUCAUUGAACAACCUCGCGAAUCGACUCUCCUCCCGCUUUGACCACCGAGGCAACGGCGAAGACUUGGAUGAUGCUAUCGCACUUCACAGGGAAGCGCUGGCUUUGCGACCGGUCGGUCACACAGAUCGGUCUGCGUCAUUAAACAACCUCGCGAAUCGACUCUCCUCCCGCUUUGACCACCGAGGCAACGGCGAAGAUUUGGACGAGUCACGAGAGAACCUACUUUGUGCAUUGACGUUGUUGACGCAGCAUGAUCCUCGUCGAUUGAUCGUCCAUAAAUCUAUAGCCAACGUCUAUCUAUCAUUCCGUCGUUCAGAGCUUGACGGCACCGGCGCUGGCGAAAAUACAGAUAGUUUGAAUGAUGCCAUGCAUCAUAUUAAGGCAGCAGCAAGCAUUAUAUCUGCAGGCUUGCUCCCCCGCCUGCGGGCAAGUCUACUUUGGGUGCACCAUGCUCGUCAACAUUCACAUGGUACUCAACUGGAGGCUUGUACGACUUCUAUGCAACUUCUGGACGCUCACAUGUCUGUGACAGCCUCCGUGUCAUCUCGUCAUAAUGCCAUGAAGGAAUUCCCAAGUACACUUGCCGUGGAUGCUGCAUCGUGUGCUCUUCAUAGUGGUGACGUCACUCGCGCUGUUGAGUUGUUGGAGCAAGGCAGGACCAUCAUCUGGACCCAGAUGACUCGACUCCGCACACCUCUUGACGGGCUCCAGGCUUGCGGCGAUCAUGCGGUGACUCUGAUGAAGAAAUUCAGAGAUCUCAGCUCUCUCCUUGGUAAACCUCCUUCAAGCCAUCCAGAAAGGACCCAAAGAGUCGAUGUGGAAGCAGAAGCCACCCGGUACAGACGUCUAGUGGGGGACUGGAAUGGAACUGUGGAAGAGAUUAGGAAGGUUGAAGGCUUCUCUCGCUUCCUGCUUCCCCCUUUGUUCUCCGAUCUUCAAGAUGCAGCUCGUGAUGGGCCCAUCAUCAUGCUCGUCGCAAGCCAAUCGUCUUGCGAUGCCAUUAUCAUCCCGCACAAGCAACCUCCCACCAGCAUUCAACUCCCUACCGAUAUUCAGAAACUCGCCAAAUUGGUACUCACAUUGCGAGAGUCAGUUGAGAAAGAGACCGGGCACGCGCUGGUGGAAGCUUUGAACGAGUUGUGGAACAAUGUCGUCGGCCCAGUGGUCGAGAAAUUGCGUGGAUUGGUAGGACUAGGCUCCCGAAUAUGGUGGUGCCCGACGUCUCUCUUCAAUUUCUUGCCGUUGCAUGCUGCUCGCGAGUACAGAAAUGGGGGAAAGUCUCUUUCGCAGCUCUAUAUAUCUUCGUACACCCCAUCUCUCACCGCGCUGAUCAAGGCUCGCGCAACUCGUGACAGACCCACGUCAGUGCCCUUCGUCGCCAUCGGUCAGAAUUGCCCAGCCGGUGCCUCUUCCACUUUGGAUGCUGUGGAGCCGGAGCUGGAAUUGGUGGGGAAACUUUUGCCUCCUCCCCCAACUGUCUCCUUCUCCAAGAUAACCAGCGUGGAUGCCACAAAAUCGAGAGCACUGCGCGCAUUGCGCGAAAAUACCUGGUUCCAUCUCGCAUGUCAUGGGACACAGAGAUUUGACGAACCCUUCAACUCAGCCUUUCUUAUGCGCGACCAGCCUCUUUCGCUCCUCGAUAUUGCACAGAUGGAUCUGUCUCAGCAUCAUUUUGCCUUUCUUUCUGCCUGUGAAACCGCGGUCGGUGACUUCAGAACGCCCGACGAGGUGAUACACCUAGCGGCUGGCCUGCAGUUUGCUGGGGUUAGGAGUGUCGUCGGGACGUUGUGGAAGGUCAACGAUGAUACUGUGCAGCGCUUAGUCAAGGCAUUCUAUGAAACGUUUUGCGAGGGUGGCACAAUGAAUCCCAAACGAGCUGCCAAAGCGCUGCACCGAGCGUUCCAGUUGUUGGCUAGUGAGGAAGACAUACCCUUGUCCCAGCGCAUAGUGUUUGUGCAUAUUGGCAUAUGA